AUGGAGAAAGAAACAACUUUCAACAACUCAUACAAUGACUCGGAGUCAUUGAAAAAGCACAUGGAUGUCAACAUUGUUGAUGAAGAUUGUGGGAAACAAACUGAACAAGUUGGUGUAUUAAAAAGAUCAUUCUCAACUUGGUCUGUUCUUGGUAUUGGUUUUGGAUUAACUAAUUCUUGGUUAGGUAUUUCUGCAUCUUUGAUCACUGGUAUUCAAUCGGGUGGUCCCAUGCUUAUUGUGUAUGGUAUUCUUAUCAUUGCAUUUAUUUCUUUCAACAUUGGGAUCACCUUGUCUGAAUUGUCUUCAGCCAUUCCUUCUGCUGGUGGUCAAUACGUUUGGUCUAGAGUUUUGGCUCCAAAGAAAUACUCUUCUUUUAUGGCCUAUAUUUGUGGCUCUUUGGCUUGGGCCGGAGCUAUUUUCACUAGUGCUUCUAUGGCUUUAGCUUUGGCACAAGAAAUUAUGGGGUUCUGGAUCAUGAAUCACCCGGGGUAUGAACUUAAAAGAUGGCAAUUGUUUGUUAUUUACCAAUUAGUCAAUGCCUUUUUGGCUUUAUUCAAUUGCUAUGGGAAAUGGUUACCCUUUGUGGCUGAUGGUGCAUUAUACACUUCAUUAUUCUCAUACUGUGUUAUCAUGAUCACAGUUUUAGUUUGUUCCAGAGGUAACUACAACUCUCCAAAGUUUGUCUUUGUUAACUUCGAUAACAACACUGGUUGGGACUCUGUUUUCAUUGCAUUUGUUGUUGGUUUAGUGAACCCCAAUUGGUCAUUCUCUUGUUUAGAUUCUGCUACCCAUUUGGCUGAAGAAACAAUGAAACCAGAAACCGAUAUUCCCAAGGCUAUCUUGGGAACUGUGGGUAUUGGGUUUGUAACUUCUUUCACUUAUUCAAUAGCCAUGUUCUUCUGUGUUAGAAACUUGGAGGGUAUCUUCAACUCUACCACUGGUAUGCCAAUUUUCGAUAUCUACUAUCAAGCUUUAGGUAGUAGAGUUGGAGCUACUUGUUUAGGAAGCUUGUUGUUCUUGACAGCCUGUGGAUGUACUAUCUCUUGUCACACUUGGCAAACAAGAUUAUGUUGGUCUUUUGCUAGAGACAAUGGGUUACCCUUGUCCAAGCAUUUGAAGAUUGUUGAUCCCAAAUUAGGUAUCCCAUUGAACGCCCAUUUGUUUUCCAGUUUCUGGGUUGCAGUAUUGGGUUGCUUGUACUUGGCGUCCUCCGCUGCUUUCAACUCCAUGGUUGUUGGGUGCAUUACUUUCCUUUUAUUGAGUUAUUUGGUUCCAACCUUCUGUUUGCUCUACAGAGGUAGAAAUAAUAUUCGUCAUGGUCCAUUUUGGUUAGGUAAUUGGGGGUUAGUCGCAAAUAUCAUCACCAUCUUUUGGGCAUUCUUUGCAUUGAUCUUCUUCUCCUUCCCAAGUUUUAUGCCUGUCACCGGUAACUCCAUGAACUACUUCAGUGUUGUGCUUGUUAUAUACUGUGUCUGGGCUUUGGCCUAUUGGUACUUCCCAGUUAAAGGUUGGAAUUGUAGAGAGAACUUCGCUGGUGGGUUGAACAACAAUAAGGAGACUGAAUUCCCUGAUGUUUGCUUGCAUGAACUUUAG